AUGGACUACGAGCCGAUGCUGCUGGAUGGCGAGUCCGGAGGACCGUCGAUCAAGAUCUCGGGGGCCGACAACAUCCACGUCAACUUCGACCUCUCCAACUGCGACCUCUCCUUCGCCAACUCCCUGCGUCGUGUUAUCCAGGCCGAGGUCCCCGUGAUCGCCAUCGACCUGGUCGAGAUCGAGGCCAAUACGUCCGUCCUUGCCGACGAGUUCAUCGCCCACCGCCUGGGUCUGAUUCCUCUCCAAUCCAAGGACGUCAACAGCCUACUUUACACGCGAGACUGCGACUGCGAGCAAUACUGCGACAACUGCAGCGUGAAACUCACCCUGCAUGCGCGUUGCUCGUCGGACGAGACCAUGAAGGUCUACGCUAGCGACCUUAUCGUCGACAGUUUCAGACAAAACGGCACCGUGGGAAACCCGGUCAUCCUCGACCCGGAAGGACAGGGCUCUCUGAUCUGCAAGCUGCGCAAGGGACAGGAGCUGAAGAUCUCAUGUAUCGCGAAGAAGGGAAUCGCCAAGGAGCACGCAAAGUGGAUGCCAACAUCUGCCGUUGGCUUCGAAUACGACCCCCACAACAAGCUGCACCAUCUGGACAUGUGGUUCGAGGAGGAUGCUAAGGCUGAGUGGCCCGAGAGCAAGUACGCGAAGAUGGAGGACCCCCCUCAGGAAGGGGAGCCGUUCGACUACGAUGCGGUACCUGGCAAGUUCUACUUCGAGGUUGAGGGUGUGGGCAGUCUUGAGCCCGAUCAGAUUAUCCAGGAGGGAAUCAAGAUCCUCCAGGAGAAGCUGGCCCUAAUGCUCCACAUUCUCACCGGCGAGGCGGACGAUGACGGCAUGGGCGACUUCGACGGUCCUCGCAGUCCCAACUUGGAUAUGGAUGGUGGCAACCCCUGGCAAGACCAGGGCUACACCACUCCCUUCAACGGCGGUGGCCAGAGCUCGUGGGGAGGCAAUGCGACGACGCCGUACGCCACUACUACACCCUAUGGCGCAUCCGGGCAGUCUGGCUGGAACUGA